ACACCGAAAACAAAGUUGAAUCCAAGAACAACAAAAAAACACAAAAACAACAAUGAUGAACAUUAUAGCUUUGAGUUUAUUCAUAACAUCACUCACCGCAUCAAGCAUUUUCUCUCCGAAUCAAAAACAAGCACCAAACACAAUCGUCAAGGAAGGACACAGAGUCGUUGUUGUUGAAUACGAUCAAGAUGGUUAUCAAAACACCAAAAUCUCAAUCUCACCAGAACAGCAACAACAUCAAAAUGAUUUCACCAACAUCGAUUCUAGUAUCCUAGAAAACACCAAACACAAGAUCAAAGAGGCUGCUUCUGUUCUCCCAAACAUGGGCCAAGGAAUUUCACAACAUUCACAAGAUAGUUAUAACAUUCUUCACGCUCCUAAUGCUAAAGAGCUUAUUUGUGAUGCAUAUGGAAAAUGCAAAAACGCAAUGGAGAAAGCAAAAGACAAGGCACAAGAAACAAUGGAAAAGAAAAAAGAUAUUAUUCAUUCAAACAAAGAAGCAGCAAAGGAAGUUGGCAACACUGUUGUUGAUGCAGUCGACAAAGCAAAAGAAAAAGUGUACGAUAAAGCAAAUGAUGUUCAAGGAUACACAAAAGAAUCAAUGGAGAAAGGAAAAGAAAUGGGACAAACGUUUAAGGAACACGUAGUUAGGAACGUGACAGAGGCGAAAGAUGGAGUGAAAAAGUUUGUGUCUUUAUCAAUGGAAAGUGUUGCUAAUUUGAUGAGUGUUGCUAAUUUGUUGGGUUUUGCAAGUGGUUAUGGAAUGAAUGUGUGGAUCACUUUUGUUUCAAGUUAUGUUUUGUCGAGGGUUAUGCCUAGACAACAAUUUGCUGUGGUGCAGAGUAAGAUUUACCCUGUUUAUUUUAGGGCUAUGGGUUAUUGUUUGGUGAUAGCUUUGUUGGGUCAUGUAUUUGGACAUGGAAGGAAACAUAAAGGUGGUGUAUUGCAAGCUUCUAACCUUUUGGCUUCUCUUUUAACUGUUUUUGUUAAUUCUGUUUACUUGGAGCCUCGUGCUACAAAGUUGAUGUUUGAAAGGAUGAAAAUAGAGAAAGAAGAAGGAAGAGGAAGAGAAGAUAUAAUAAAUGCAGAACGUAGCAGAACUACCGAAGAGCAUCAAAAUUCACCAGAUCCUAAAAAAACCUCUACAACUACUACUAGCAAUCUUGCUGCUGAAAGAGCAGAAUCCCUCUUACAAAGGAAAGAGCAUGAUGAUGCUGUUAGAGCAAGGAUAGUGAAGCUUAAUAACAAGCUCAAGAAAUUGAAUUCUUAUUCUUCAUUCCUUAACAUCCUGAAUCUUAUGUCCCUUACAUGGCAUCUUGUUUAUUUGGCUCAAAAUGUUCACCAUAGUUGCUAAAUCAAAUUAUGUUGUAAUAAUUUUAGAUGGUAAUUAAUUAUUACUUGUUUUCUGUGUUGUUUGUAAUGAUACAUGCAAUGAUGCAGUGACUGUAGUCUUGAGAUUUGUGUCUUUCUUGUUUGGUUUAGUUGAGACUCAUGUUACAUAGUUGAGAAUAGUGUGAAUAUGUAGUUUGUAUUUAGUUGUUUCUUAAUUUUGUAAAACUCUUA